AUGGAUAUUACUGGAAAUGCAUUCAUCGUUGGGGGUGGCAGCGGUAUUGGAAGAGCCUGUGCCCUUGGCCUGGCCAAAGAUGGCGCCGCUGGUAUCCUUAUCGCGGACAUGAACGUUGAAGCUGCGGGCCGGGUCGUUGCGGAAUGCAAAGCUGUGGCAACCGCCACCAACUUUCGUGCUGAGGCGAUCCAAAUCGACAUUUCGCAGGAGGAGUCGGUGGCAAAGGCUACCAGCUACAUGGUUGAGACCUUUGAAAGGAUCGACUACUGCAUCAACUGCGCAGGGAUUGGCGUUCAGAUGCCCCUCAACAUAGCAGAGGCAGACCUUGGCGAGUUCAGCCGCUUUCUGCGAAUCCACGUGGAGGGGACCUUCCUGCUGGUGCGCAGCGUCUCUGCCGUGAUGCAACGCCAGGAACUGAAGCCCAUCGACGCCGCAAACCCGGCCCGAGGAGGUACUCGCGGCUCCAUUGUGACGCUGGGCUCGGGGAAUUCCUUCGCAGCCACGCCUCACCUGGUGCAGUACACGGCCGCCAAGCACGCGGUUCUGGGUGUCACCAAGAACGCCGUCGUAGCUCUCGACAACGCUCCCUACGGAAUCAGGGUCAACUGCGUCUGUCCCACGUGGGUGGAAACCCCCAUGAUCCAAAGCGCGCGGGACGGCGGCAUGGACAUUGACAGCUGGGUCAACAAGGUGGUGCCUCUGGGCCGGAUUGCGACUGCGGAGGAGGUGGCGGAUACGGUCAUCUUCCUCAGCAGCCCGAGAGCCAGCUACGUGACGGGAUCCGGUUUCAUCAUCGAUGGCGGCACCACGCUUACCUGCCAUGCUUAG